AGGGGCUUGAUGAUGAGGAGCAGGCAGGCGUGUGUGUAUGAGUGUGUGUGUGAUAUGCGAGUGUGUGAUGUGUGUGUGUGUGUGUGUCGCCUUGCCGAAAUCCAAGUAAAAGCUCGCAUGCUUCCAACGAAACGUUGACCGACAUCAGGUGUGUAGGUCAGUGAGGCCAUUAUACCGUUCGAGAUGGUGGCUUUGUCAUUGAAGAUCUGCGUGCGCCAGUGCAAUGUGGUGAAGACCAUGCAGUUCGAGCCAUGCACGCCUGUGUACGAUGCAUGCAGGAUCAUCAGAGAACGUGUCCCCGAAGCCCAGUCUGGACAAGCCUCAGAUUAUGGUCUCUUCCUCUCUGACGAUGAUCCCAGAAAAGGAAUUUGGCUGGAGUCUGGAAGAACUCUGGAUUACUACAUGCUGCGAAACGGAGAUGUUUUGGAAUAUAAGAAGAAACAAAGGCCGCAGAAGAUCAAAAUGCUGGAUGGUGCUGUGAAGACCAUCAUGGUGGAUGACUCCAAAACUGUUGGGGAGCUGCUUGUCACCAUAUGUAGCAGAAUAGGAAUCACCAACUAUGAGGAGUACUCGCUCAUUCAGGAGGUGCCGGAGGACAAGAAGGAGGACAGUUUGGGAACGCUGAAGAAAGACAGAACGCUGCUGCUAAGAGAUGAGAGGAAGAUGGAGAAGCUCAAAGCCAAGCUGCAUACAGAUGACGAUUUGAACUGGCUGGACCACAGCAGGACCUUCAGAGAGCAAGGAGUAGAGGAAAGUGAGAUGCUGCUUCUGCGACGCAAGUUCUUCUACUCAGACCAGAAUGUGGACUCGCGGGACCCUGUUCAGCUAAACCUGCUUUACGUCCAGGCCAGGGAUGACAUAUUGAAUGGAUCCCACCCGGUUUCCUUUGAUAAAGCCUGUGAGUUUGCGGGGAUCCAGGCUCAGAUCCAGUUCGGACCCCACGUGGAGCAUAAACACAAGCCUGGAUUUCUGGACCUAAAGGAGUUCCUGCCUAAAGAAUAUAUCAAGCAAAGAGGAUCAGAGAAGAAAGUAUUCCAAGACCAUAAAAACUGUGGAGAGAUGACAGAGAUAGAGGCCAAAGUGAAGUAUGUGAAACUGGCCAGAUCACUGCAGACGUAUGGCGUGUCCUUCUUCUUGGUGAAGGAAAAGAUGAAAGGUAAGAAUAAGUUGGUCCCACGCUUGCUCGGGAUUACCAAAGAGUCGGUGAUGCGAGUGGACGAGAAGACUAAAGAUGUGGUGCAGGAGUGGCCCCUGACCACCGUCAAAAGAUGGGCUGCCUCCCCCAAAAGCUUCACUCUGGAUUUUGGGGAGUACCAGGAGAGUUACUACUCUGUCCAGACUACAGAGGGAGAACAAAUAUCCCAACUUAUUGCCGGAUAUAUUGACAUUAUUCUGAAAAAGAAGCAGAGUAAAGAUCGCUUUGGUCUUGAGGGAGAUGAAGAGUCCACAAUGUUAGAGGAAUCGGUUUCUCCUAAAAAGUCCACCAUUCUACAGCAGCAGUUUAAUCGGGUGGGCCGGGUGGAGCAUGGCUCAGUCGCCAUUCCUGGUAUUAUUCGCUCAGGGUCUACUGGUGGCCCUGACAACUUCAAUGUGGGCACCAUGCCCUCUUCACAGCAACAAAUCACCACCGGACAGAUGCACAGAGGACACAUGCCGCCACUGAGUCUGGCCCAGCAGGCCCUUAUGGGUACAAUCAACAGCAGUAUGAAAGCGGUGCAGCAGGCCCAGUCUGACCUGGGGCAUGUCGAUAAUCUGCCUCCUCUUGGCCAUGACCUGGCCUCUAGGGUUUGGGUUCAAAACAAAGUGGAUGAAUCCAAACAUGAAAUCCACUCUCAAGUUGAUGCCAUUACCGCUGGAACAGCAUCUGUGGUCAAUCUUACUGCAGGUGAGCCCACAGAGACUGACUACACAGCAGUUGGUUGCGCCAUCACCACUAUCUCUUCCAACCUGACGGAAAUGUCCAAGGGCGUCAAGCUACUCGCAGCAUUAAUGGACGAUGACGUGGGCAGUGGACACAAGCUCAUGGGUGCUGCCAGGAUGCUUGCAGGAGCUGUGUCAGAUCUACUCAGAUCUGUUGAGCCUGCAGCUGCUGAGUCCAGGCAGACUGUGCUGACUGCAGCAGGAAGUAUUGGACAAGCCAGCGGGGACCUGCUCCGACACAUGGGGGAGGGCGAGACUGAUGAGAAGUUCCAGGACACCCUGAUGAACCUGGCCAAAGCAGUGGCCAAUGCAGCUGCUAUGUUGGUUCUGAAGGCCAAGAAUGUGGCCCAGGUGGCUGAGGACACCAUAUUGCAGAACCGCGUGAUAGCGGCUGCCACUCAGUGUGCCCUGUCCACCUCACAGCUGGUAGCCUGCACCAAGGUGGUGAGUCCGACCAUCAGCUCUCCGGUGUGCCAGGAGCAGCUUGUGGAGGCUGGGAAGUUAGUGGACCGCUCUGUGGAGGCCUGUGUCAAAGCUUGCCGCUCAUCCAGCGAUAAUGGCGAGCUGCUGAAGCAGGUCGGAGCGGCGGCCGGUGUGGUGAGCCAGGCCCUGAGCGACCUUCUGCAGCACGUCCGCCAUUACGCCAGCUGCGGCGAGCCCAUCGGACGCUACGACCAGGCCACUGACACCAUUAUGAAUGUCACAGAAAACAUUUUCAUGUCCAUGGGUGAUGCUGGUGAGAUGGUGCGUCAGGCCCGAGUUCUAGCACAAGCCACUUCCGACUUGGUCAAUGCCAUGAGAUCUGAUGCGGAGGCGGAAGUGGAUGUUGACAACUCUAAGAAGCUAUUAGCUGCAGCAAAACUCCUGGCUGAUGCCACAGCUCGGAUGGUGGAAGCCGCUAAGGGGGCAGCUGCUUACCCAGAGAAUGAAGACCAGCAGCAGAGGCUUAGAGAGGCAGCUGAGGGUUUGCGUGUCGCCACUAAUGCUGCUGCUCAAAAUGCAAUAAAGAAAAAGCUGGUCAGCAGGCUGGAGGUAGCUGCUAAGCAGGCGGCGGCUGCUGCUACUCAAACAAUUGCGGCUGCACAAAAUGCUGCGGCUUCCAACAAAAAUACAAUGUCACACCAGCAGCUUGUACACAGCUGCAAGGCAGUAGCAGACAACAUUCCUCAGUUGGUGCAAGGCAUGAGGAGCAGCCAAGCCCAGCCUGAAGAGCUUGGUGCCCAACUUGCCCUCAUCUUGGCCAGCCAGAGUUUCCUACAGCCUGGUAGUAAAAUGGUGGUAUCUGUAAAGUCAGCAGUUCCAACAGUGGCUGACCAGGCUGCUGCUAUGCAACUGGGCCAGUGUGCCAAGAACCUAGCGACCUGCUUGGCAGAGCUCAGAAUGGCCGCCCAGAAGGCCCAUGAAGCGUGCGGUCCUCUGGAGAUCGACUCAGCCCUCAAAACGGUUCAGACCCUAAAAUGUGAGCUGCAGGAUGCCAAGAUGUCUGUAAUUGACAGCCAACUCAAACCUCUCCCUGGGGAAACGUUGGAGAAGUGUGCUCAGGAUUUGGGAAGCACAUCCAAGGCUGUGGGUUCCUCCAUGGCCCAACUAUUGACAUGUGCUGCUCAAGGCAAUGAACAUUAUACAGGUGGGGCCGCCAGAGAAACAGCUCAGGCUUUAAGGACAUUGGCACAAGCAGCCAGAGGUGUAGCGGCGAGCACGAAGGAGCCUCAAGCGGCAGCUGCAAUGCUGGACUCAGCCCUGUGUGUCAUGGAGGGAUCAUCCAUGCUCAUUCAUGAAGCCCAUCAAGCCCUGGUUCAUCCAGGAGAUGCAGAAAGUCAGCAGAGACUUGCACAGGUGGCCAAAGCUGUGUCACACUCCCUGAAUAACUGCGUGAACUGCCUGCCAGGGCAGAAAGAUGUUGACAUGGCUCUCAGAAGCAUUGGAGAAGCCAGCAAAAAGCUGUUGGUGGAUAUUCUUCCUCCCUGCAGUAAGACAUUCCAGGAAGCCCAGACUGAUCUGAACCAUACAGCAGCUGAGCUCAACCACUCCGCAGGCGAGGUCGUUCACUCCUCGCGUGGAACGAGCAGCCAGCUGGCCGCUGCCUCCGGGAAGUUCAGCCAAGACUUUGAUGAGUUCCUGGAUGCUGGUAUUGAGAUGGCAGGACACACCCAAAGCAGGGACGAUCAGAUUCAAGUCAUUGGUAAUCUGAAGAAUAUCUCCAUGGCAUCCAGUAAGCUGCUACUGGCUGCCAAAUCUCUGUCAGUGGAUCCAGGUGCAGCCAAUGCUAAGAAUCUUCUUGCAGUAGCAGCAAGGGCAGUAACAGAGAGUAUCAACCAGCUGAUCACGCUGUGUACACAGCAGGCUGCAGGACAAAGGGAGUGUGACAACGCCUUGAGGGAGUUGGAGGCUGUCAGAGGGCUUCUGGAUAAUCCCAGUGAGCCCAUCAACGAACUGUCCUACUUUGACUGCAUUGAGAGCGUCAUGGAAAAUUCAAAGGUCCUUGGAGAGUCAAUGGCCGGUAUCUCUCAGCAUUGCAAAACAUGUGACGUGGUGGCUUUUGGAGAGUGUGUAGGUGUCGCAUCCAAGGCACUCUGUGGCCUGACGGAGGCUGCAGGACAGGCCUCUUACCUUGUAGGUGUGUCGGAUCCUAAUAGUCAGUCGGGCCAUGAGGGACUGGUGGACCCCAUCCAGUUUGCACGGGCCCACCAAGCGAUACAGAUGGCUUGUCAGAGUUUAGUGGACCCAACUAGUAGUCCCUCACAGGUCUUGUCUGCAGCCACGAUUGUAGCCAAGCACACGUCAGCUUUGUGCAAUGCCUGUCGCCUUGCCUCCUCAAAGACCUCCAACCCUGUUGCUCGUAGACAGUUUGUCCAAUCGGCCAAAGAGGUGGCCAACACUACCGCCAACUUGGUCAAGACCAUUAAGGUCAACUCCCCAACUGAUCAAAACGCUUUAGAUGGGGAUUUUUCGGAAGAGAACAGAAACAGGUGUCGUGUUGCUACCACUCCCCUCCUAGAGGCUGUAGAAAAUCUGUCAACCUUUGCCAACAACCCGGAUUUUGCGAGCAUCCCAGCCCAGAUCAGCAACGAGGGUUCAGUCGCCCAGGAACCAAUUGUCCGUUCAGCUCGUUCGAUGCUUGAUAGCUCCACUUACCUCUUAGAAACAGCCCGAUCACUUGUCCUCAACCCCAAAGAUCCACCCACGUGGUCGAUACUAGCAGGUCACUCGAGAACAGUAUCUGACUCCAUCAAGAGCCUCAUCACUUCUAUCAGGGACAAGGCACCAGGACAGAAGGAGUGUGAUUACUCAAUAGAUAGCAUCAAUAAAUGUAUCCGGGACAUUGAGCAAGCUUCCCUGGCUGCAGUUGGACAGACACUGCCCUGCAGAGAUGAUAUCUCCAUGGAAGCACUGCAGGAACAGCUGACUUCAUCCGUGCAGGAGAUUGGCCACCUGAUUGAGCCCGUCUCAACGGCUGCCCGGGGUGAAGCUGCCCAGCUGGGACACAAGGUGACUCAGCUGGCCAGCUACUUUGAUCCACUUAUUGUAGCAUCAGUAGGGCUAGCCUCCAAACUGCAGGACCACCAACAGCAGAUGACCAUUCUGGACCAAACAAAGACCCUGUCAGAGUCUGCCUUGCAGAUGCUUUACGCUGCCAAGGAAGGUGGCGGCAACCCAAAGGCAUCCCACACCCAUGACGCUAUCUCCGAAGCUGCGCAGCUGAUGAAGGAGGCAGUGGACGACAUCAUGGUUACUUUAAAUGAGGCGGCCAGUGAGGGGGGCAUGGUUGGGGGCAUGGUGGAGUCCAUCGCCGAGGCCAUGGGCAGGCUGGAUGAAGGAGCACCUCCUGAACCAGAGGGCUCCUUUGUGGACUACCAGACCACGAUGGUGAAGUUCUCCAAGGCCAUCGCCAUAGUGGCACAGGAGAUGAUGACCAAAUCAGUGACUUGCCCAGAAGAGCUUGGCAGCCUCGCCUCGCAAGUGACGGUGGACUAUGGGCAGCUAGCACACCAGGGACGCCUCGCUGCAGCCACUGCAGAGCCAGAAGAGGUUGCUUUGCUGAUCAAAACACGUGUACAAGAGCUGGGACACGGCUGUAUCUACCUGGUCCAGAAAGCAGGAGCCCUUCAGCUCAGCCCCACGGACAGCUUCUCGAAAAGGGAGCUGAUUGAAUGUGCUCGUGCAGUCACAGAAAAGGUAUCCUUGGUCCUCUCAGCGCUGCAGGCGGGUAAUAAAGGCACCCAGGCCUGUAUUACAGCAGCCAGCGCCGUAGCUGGCAUUAUCGCUGACUUGGACACAACUAUAAUGUUCGCCUCAGCGGGAACACUGAACCCUGAGAAUGAGGAGUCCUUUGCUGACCACAGGGAAAAUAUUCUGAAGACAGCCAAGGCACUGGUGGAGGACACCAAGCUGCUGGUUGCUGGGGCUGCAUCCAGCCAGGAGAAGCUGGCCCAAGCUGCCCAGUCCUCAGCUAAGACCAUCACCCAGCUCACAGAGGUGGUCAAACUGGGAGCAACUAGCAUGGGUUCUGAAGACCCUGAAACACAGGUGGUUCUGAUAAACGCAGUGCGUGAUGUGGCGAAGGCUCUGGCCGAACUCAUCAGUGCCACCAAGUGUGCGGCGGGCAAGCCUGCUGACGACCCGUCCAUGUAUCAGCUGAAAGGGGCAGCCAAGGUCAUGGUCACCAACGUGACGUCUCUUCUAAAAACAGUGAAGGCAGUGGAGGAUGAAGCCACUCGCGGGACGAGGGCGCUGGAGGCCACCAUUGAAUGCAUCAAGCAGGAGUUGACAGUGUUCCUGUCGAAGGAUGUUCCGGACAAGUCCACUACACCUGAGGAGUUCAUUCGUAUGACAAAGGGCAUCACCAUGGCGACGGCCAAAGCUGUGGCAGCGGGCAACUCUGCUCAGCAGGAGGAUGUGAUCGCCACGGCCAACCUGAGCCGCAAAGCCAUCUCUGAUAUGCUGACAGCUUGCAAGAAAGCAGCACACCACCCAGAAGUGAGCGAGGAAUUAAAGUGCAAGGCCCUCCAGUACGGCUCGGAAUGCACCGCAGCAUACAUCAAACUCCUGGAACACGUUUUACAGGUGCUGCAGAGGCCCACGCAGGAACAGAAGCAGCAGCUGGCUGUCCAUUCGAGGCAUGUGGCGGCGUGUGUGACGGAGCUCAUCCAGACAGCUGAGGCCAUGAAAGGAUCAGAGUGUGUGGACCCCGAGGACCCCACUGUCAUUGCAGAGAGCGAGCUCCUCGGAGCAGCAGCCUCCAUUGAAGCUGCGGCCAAGAAACUAGAGCAGUUGAAGCCCAGAGCCAAGCCCAAGCAGGCCGAUGAGACGCUGGAUUUCGAAGAGCAGAUUCUAGAAGCCGCAAAGUCCAUCGCUGCAGCGACCAGUGCUCUUGUCAAGUCUGCAUCAGCAGCUCAGAGAGAGCUGGUGGCGCAAGGCAAGGUUGGGUCUAAUAUAGCCAAUGCAGUAGAUGACGGCCAGUGGUCACAGGGACUCAUAUCAGCUGCUCGGAUGGUUGCCGCCGCAACCAGUAACCUGUGUGAGGCAGCCAACGCAUCCGUGCAGGGCCACGCCAGCGAGGAGAAGCUCAUAUGUUCGGCCAAGCAGGUGGCAGCCUCCACAGCCCAGCUUCUGGUGGCCUGCAAGGUGAAGGCUGACCAGGAUUCUGAAGCAAUGAGGAGACUACAGGCUGCUGGCAACGCAGUGAAGCGAGCCUCUGACAACCUUGUGAAGGCGGCUCAAAAAGCUGCCUUUGAGAAGUCAGAAGACGACAGUGUGGUGGUAAAAACCAAGUUUGUUGGAGGCAUCGCUCAGAUCAUUGCAGCUCAAGAAGAGAUGCUGAGGAAGGAGCGCGAGCUGGAGGACGCCCGCAAGAAGCUGGCUCAGAUCCGACAGCAGCAGUACAAAUUCCUGCCGAGCGAGCUGAGGGAGGAUGAAGGUUGAUGGAUGGUCAAGGUGACCGGCCUUCACGCCUCUCUUUUACACUCUCGUAUAACCGAGGACUAUAUAGCACUUGAAACAGGCCUGUUUGGUGAGACAACCAAGUGCCUGUGCUUUGUCGUGUAUUGUGUGUGUGUGUGCGCGUGUGUGAGUGUAUGUGUUCAGACAAAUAAUGUUUGAGACAGUACGAUCCAGUUGUUGCUUUGUGAGUGUCACUCAUCAUUUCCAAUACAAUAAUGAAGUGAAGAAUGCAGAAGUUGUACAUCUACAGUAUAAUUAUUUCUGAAUGUUUUUGUAUUCACUGAGCGAAUAAUACUGAUGAUCAUGGCAGAGCAAAGCUGAUAUACCUUCUGUAUUUGAAAGGACCAAAACAAAGGCAGGGAGGGGAUGUCUCACUUGACCACUUGGCUUGCAUGAACCAUCCAAUCUAUACAUAUCAAUGAAGCUACUAACCAAUAGAGUAGUCUAGCAGGAUGACACUUAUUACAUACGGUAUACAAAUGUGAAAACCUUUUGGGCUGCCAGCAAACCUAGAGAAAAAUUAUAUAAAUGCAAAUACUUAUUCUUGACUGCUAUUUUAAAUAAGAAAGACAUUUAUCUCGAAGAGGGGGAAAAGUUUGAUUAGUCUUUCUCUGAGAGUUUUUGAUGUGAUCUAAUUAUCUGCUUGCGUAUAAAUUCACUUCAUCUUUUAAUUUUUUUUUUCAUUUUUUGUUAUUGUUUGUUAAAAUAAACGUAUAGACGUAUUGGAGCCUCUAAGCUAACCUCUGGCUAGGAUUUAAUAAUACAUUUAUUUUAGAAUUAGUCCGUUCCAGGGUCAAACUGCCACCAUCAUGAAGCCUUUUUUUAUUUAAAAAAAAAAAAGUUUGGUUGAGUUAUCAACAUUCCAAACAUACAAGUGUAAAAAAAUAAGUUUUCCACUGGUUUUGACCAACGACUAAGGUGUAAUGUGAAAAUGUAAUAAGAAGUUAACCACUGCAAAACAUGAAAACAAUGAGACAAACUUGGAUAGCGUGACCAUACGUAUGGUGAUGGCAGAGUCUUACAGCUUUAAAUGUGAGUCUGCUUUAUAGUAUAACUUUUGGUGUAUCUUCUUCUCUUCUCACGUUCAUCUUCUGUUAACACCCCUUGUUGAGGCUGGUCCUUCUUAUGGAGUAAGGCACAGAAAAAGCAAACAUUUUGUGUAACUUUUGAGGCAUAUGUUUGUUUGUUUUUUUACACUUGAGACAAAUUCAGAAUAGUAUAACUUCAGCUUUAGAGGUUCCGAUUAAUGCAAAUUGCUUGAAACUUGCAGCAAAAUUUAUAAAAGGAACAAGUAGGUUAAAGUGUUGAUUAGCAAUAUGUUCUCACAGGUAAAUUCAGUUAGAAAUGAUACAAAAAGUUAUAUUGCAUUCAAAGUGGAGCUUCCAGCUUAAAAUAAGAGCAAUAUGCAUGUGCAUCAACCCAGCUGCAUGCACAGAGCAACGAACCAUGCUGCAACACACCCUGGCAGAAACUGUAUCCUGAAAUAUGCACAAAAUGUUGUAUUUUACCACGGAAAAUCUGUAUUUCUGCUCUCAUUAUAAAGGUCUUUUGCUUUCAUAACAGUUUUCAUUGACAGAUAUCAAAGCUAUUUCAAAUAACUGAAACAUGUGUGAAACAAACAUUUUCCUGAGAAAAAGCUUUCAUUUUGUAUCGCUGGCAUGUACAGUGGCUUGCAUAAGUAUUCACACCUGAGGGUUUUUUUUGUAAUACAUUUUACAAAACUUUUUUCCACUUUGUCAUUAUAGGGUAUUAUGCGUAGAAGUUUAAGGGGUUGGGGAUAAAUUACUAAAUUCUGGAAUAGCAUAACUAAAUGUGAAAUAUAUGUAAUGAUAAGGAUUUUCCCUUUGUCUGGGAUAGCAUCAUUUAAGAAAGCCUAUUUUCCAUAUAUUUGGAUAUAUUACAUUUAAAAUUGAAUAAGCCACAUGUAUCAUCCAUGUUCAUAUAUCAAUACACUGGGAGCUGAUGAUGAUGAAGGUCUUGCACUGUACGAGGACUGAUGGUAUUCUAUCAUGAAUGAAAUACACUUAUUGGAUGCACUGAUGUUAAUUUAGACGCUAAAAACAAAAGUCAUUAAAAGCUUCCAUUAUUUAAGUCUAAGACAUUCCUUCACACACUGAAAAGGUAAACAAGACAAGUUUUGAUGGAGGAACCUGGUUCAGUAUUGAAUUGGGAACGCUCUUAUUACUAGUGCCUUACUUGAGUGUGCAAGCAGCUGAAGAUCAGUCCUAGUUGGAGCUUGAGCCACUUUGUAUCAGAACCUUUUUUGCCAAUCCCCACCAAGGCCUGAGCGUAUACUGUCAGCAAGAGGAGUCCUUUGCCAUACGAUCCAAUGCCUUUGCUGCUGGCCGAUACCUGCCUAUUCUGCUCAUUCAUCAAAGGGCAUCCUUAGGAUUUUAGACACCUUGAUGGAAUACUAACUGCAUUCCUUAAGCAUGUUUGUGUUUGAAGUUGUUUGAAAAUAAAUUAUGAAGUGGAGGCUGUUCUCGUUCCCUUUUCUGUCGUCUAACUUGAAAUGUCCGUUUUACCAAUAAGAACAUACCCAGAGAUGCAGUAGUAUGCAAAAGUCUUUGGCCAGCCCUACCUUUGUUGACAUUUUUCAUAGCAGUCUGUUCGACAUAGCAAAACAGUACCAGGAUUCCAUGAAAAUGUUCUUCAACAAGUAACCUGCCAAAUUUUGUUGACGAUCUGGACAGAUUUGGUCGUUUUUAUUUUUUACUUGGGUUUGUAUUGUUUUCUUAGGUUUUAUUUAGUGUAUUUUUUCAUUAAUUUUAAUAUAUUUUGUUAAUUUGUUUAAAUUAUGGUGUAUUUCAUUUGUUUUAUUUUAUUGGUAUUAAAGGUUUUUUGUGGCUUGGUGUUUUAUUGUUUUAUUUAUUUCCUUUCAUGUUUUUUGGUUUAUAAUCUUGUACUUUGUAUUGUUUUGUUUGCACUUAUUGUGUUAAUUAUUGUUUUUUAUUUUUGUUUUUAUGUGUUUAUUUUGCUUUUUUUUAUUAUAAUUUAUUUUAGUUUUUUAUUUUAUUUAGUUUUUUUAUUGAUUUAUUAGUAUUCCCAAGUAUUUUAUUUGUUUUAAUUGUUUCAGUUUUGUUUUAGGUUUUUUUUUGUCUUUAAUUUGUUUUUUGGGGGUGGGGGGGGGGGUGGUUGUUUGCAUUUUGGAUUAUUUUUUUGGGUGGGGAGCUUUUUUUGGAGUUGCGAUGACCACAGUGAAGCAUUGCAUGUGCUAAAACAACAAAUGUAAAGUUGGCCUAAUACUUUUGCACAGCACAGUGUAUUGUGUGACUGGUGUUUGCAAAUAUUCAAGCAAAUGAAGAAAAACAAGUUGACUAGCUCUGUUAUGAAUAGGUGUUGUGCUAAAAAAAAAUGUGUUUAGUUUGAUGACUUUAUGCUUUAUGUAUGAUAUUUAUCCGGUCACAGAAGUAUUUUUUGUAUUCAUCACAAAGAAAAUAAAACUCCGAAAAUCAAACCGUUUGUUUUUUUUUCAU